UCUAACCUCGUGCUAUCUCGUUUUACAAAACAUCGCGAGAACAAAUAGAUGGUGUGCAUAAAAACUUGAGAUUUCGUGAUUCUGAAGGCUUUGCGCGAAAUAUUUAACACUGGGAGAAAGUACACUGCCUAUGACUGAAUGGCUACUUUCUGGAGGGCGUUUCCUUGCAGUAAAGCGGAGCUGGAUCUGGGUCUGACGCUCGCUUGCGGCCAGUCUUUCAGAUGGGCGAAGAUACAAGGUGCACUUACCGGGGUGCUGGCUGGGCGUGUCUGGAGACUGUCACAAACAGACACACACAUCCUCUAUCAGGUUAUCGGACAUGUAGACAACCAACCCUUGCCUUCCCGGCCUGGGAGGAAGAAACAGAAGAGGAAAAGCAAUACUCCGAUUGAGUCCAACAAUGGGAUAGUUGAGAAGAAAAUCAAAUCAGAUGAAAAAGCUGCUACAAAAGAGCAGCCCAAGAUGAUGACACAAGCUAUGACUUCAAAUACAAAAGUGACAAAGAUAAAAACAGAAGAUGGAGAGGAGAUAACUCUGAAGACAGAAGAUGGUUUAGCAGAGGAAAAUAUUGAGGUCUCUAUCCUGCGAGACUAUUUCCAGCUGGACGUGAAGCUAACAGAUCUGUAUGAACAGUGGUGUAAGGAUGAUCCACACUUCAAACAAGUGUCACCCAACUUUACAGGGAUCCGUAUGUUGAGACAGGACCCGGUGGAAAACCUCUUCUCCUUCAUCUGUUCCUCCAAUAACCACAUCUCACGGAUCAGUGGCAUGGUGGAGCGACUGUGUGAGGCGUACAGCGCGCAGCUGUGUGAAGUGUGCGGGGUGACGUACUACGCCUUUCCCACUGUGUCGGCUCUAGCUGGGAAAGGUGUGGAGGAAAGGCUGAGGAAACUGGGUUUUGGUUACAGAGCACGGUACAUCUCUGAGACAGCCCAGUACAUUAUGAAGCAGGGGGGAGAGAGUUGGCUGUAUAACCUCAGGACACUGCCUUAUGAAGAGGCUAAAGCUGAACUCAUAAAGCUCAGUGGGGUUGGAGCAAAGGUAGCAGACUGUGUGUGCCUGAUGUCCAUGGAUAAGACAGGAGCCAUCCCAGUGGACACGCAUGUCUGGCAGAUAGUCAACAGAGACUACAAGCACAAACUGGGCACAACAAAAACACUCACUGACAAAACCUACAAGGAAAUAGGUGACUUCUUCAGACAGUUGUGGGGCCCCUAUGCUGGUUGGGCACAUUCAGUCCUUUUUGCUGCUGAUCUCCGUAAGUUUCAGGAGCUGAAGUCUUCCCCAGAGAAAAAAGGAGACAUAAAGAAGUCGAUGAAGAAGAAAAAGUCCAGAUGACGUCAUCUCAAAGAUGUGACCAUACAGCAUGAUUUCCAUGUACUACCUCAUAGUAUGAUUUAGCAAUAAAACAUACUCUCUCCAA